AUGUCAAAGAAUUAAGAGAAACUAAAAAAAGAAUUACUUGAAUAAGUAAGCAGAGAUGUUCAAAAUGCUUAAGACCCUCAGAAGGAAGCAUUUAAAUUAGUUUAAAAUGCAAAUGAAACCUUUAAAUAAUUUGAAUCUGCUCUUAAAAAACCAUUAGAUGAUGAGAUGUUAAAGUAAAGAGGUUCAUCGAAAAAAAAUGUCUAAUUUGCUGAUACCAUAAAAUCUUCAUCAGAAAUGGAUAGAUCAAAAUCAGUUGAAAAUAAAAAAGAAGAAAAGCCAAUUCUAUAACCAUAAAUCAAAUAAAAUGAAAUUAAAGCAAUUGUACCUGAUCGUUAAAGUAGAAGUACAAAAAAGGAAGGGAAAGUAGAAAAGUCAACACAAAAAAUAAAUACUAAAUAAGAUAAGCCAACAACUGCCAUUCCAGAAAAAAAGCCAUAACAGCCAUAACAAAAAGAAAAUUAAGACUCAAAGAAAAGUAAUUAAUUAGAUUAAUCUUAAAAAUAAUAAUCAACAUUACCUUAAUAAUAGAAUCAAGAUAGAGAGAGAAUAAAUUAAUAUUAAAAAUAAGUAUUAUCUGAAAGUGAAUCUUCAAGUGGGUAAGAUGAUAUUAAAAGAGAGAAAGGUAAUCAUAGUCAUUCUUGCAGAAAACAUUCAAAAGAGAGAGAAAUUGCUAAUAGAUAUGAAGAAAUGAUUGUGAAAAAUUAAGAAUCAGCUUAAUAAUUAUAAAUGUAAUUGAAUGAAUAAAAUAUUGAAAAAACUAAAUUAAUUACAGAAAAUACUAAAUUAUCUAGUAUAAAUGAUAUGCUAUAAUAAGAAAUAAGAAAUUUAAAUAAAUAACUUAGUUAGUCUAAAAUGUAAAUUGAAUAAUUAGAUAAAUAAUUAUAUGAUUUAAAAUAAGCUUCUAGAUCUGAAUUAUUGAUUGUUAAAGAUUAACUUUAAGAAUCUAAAUUUCAAUGUGCAGAAUUAGAAAAUAGAAAUAAUUAUCUUAAUAAAGCCAAAGAUACAUUUGAAUAGAAUUUAAAAUAAUUUGAAUCAGAAGUUGGAAGAUUAUAAAAAAUCAAUUUAUAAUAAACAUAAGUAGCAGCCUAAGACAAAUUGGCUAUUUUAGAGAAGGAUGGUACAAUUGAAAGAUUACAGAAAUUAAAUCAUUAACUAAGUGUAGAUCUCAAUUAAAUAAAUACUUUAUAUAAGGAAGUUAAUGAAAAACAUAAGAGUUUGUUGGCAGCUUAUAAUAGUUUAGAGAAUUAGAAAAUUACAAUAGAAAAUGAUUUAGAGUUUAGAAAGAAAGAUCAAUAAGAACAUUUGAGUAGUUUAAAAGAAAAGAUUUAGAAACUAACAAAUUAGAAAUCUAUAUAUGAUGAUGAAUUGUCAAAAAUGCAACAAGCUACUUAAGAUGCUAAAGCUGAAAGAGAUUAAUAUAAAUUAUAAUAUGAAUAAAUGAAAGUGUUAUGUUCAGAAUCUGAGGAAUUAAGAAAAAGAUUAAAAUUAAGAGAAGUAGAAAAUGAAUAAUUAUAAUGUGAGAAUGAUAAACUAAAAUGGAAAGUAAGAAAAGAUCCAAAUGGAAUUUUAUCUGACUUAAAAAUAAUGAAAUUAUAAGCAGAAGAUCCUAAUGCCAAAGUAUCAAUGGAACAAUUAUCUAAGUUAGACAAUUAAGUAAGAUAAUUAUAAGAAGAGAAUAAUAGGUAUAUAUUAAUAUAAUUAUAUUUAGAUUAACUGCAGAAAAUAAAUAAUUACUUAAAUAAAUUUAAUAAACUGAAUUAUAUGUACAAGAAGUGAAAUCUAUGUUUGAUAGAGAGAGAUCUUUUUUGGAAGAGAAAGUGUUUCAUAAAGAGAAGGAAAUUAAUGAAAUGAUUAUAAGACAUCGUCAUGAAAUGGCUGAAAUUGAAAAUAAAUAUCAUGAUCUUUAAAGGAGACAGGAAAAUGAUAACAAAACUAGAUAGACACAUCAAAACUACCAACAAUAAUCAUACUCCCAAUAUAAUUAAAAUAGUGUAGCUUAACAAUCAGGUUCUAAGGUCUCUCCAUAUAGUGUGCCUUAAUUAUAAGCAAAAAUUAAAUCCUAUAUUUGA